AUGAAGGAGAAUUGCUUAAUCCUCAGAUACCUUUUCAGUUUUAAAGAUUUUAUUACCUUUUAUUACCCUUCAAAUGAAUUUCUCCCAUUACAAAAUGACAGGAAGAGGAUUGGGGUGACUGAAAACCUUUUAGCAACGGAGACCAUAGGAACAAGGUGUGUGUGUGUGUGUGUGUGUGUGUGUGUGUGUGUGUGUGUGUGUGUGUUGGCUGUGGGGGCUGAUAUUUGGGGGGCUGGAGGAAGUAGACAGCACCAAGUAAGCAAGCGAUUCCUACCUUUCCAGUCUGAGUGUCUGCCUAAUGAAACACUGCAGAAGGGCCUUUAG